AUGAAGUUUCGGAGUGACUUCUGUCUCUGUAUUCUGGCCUUCCUGAUGGACCGCCUUACGGCAUACAACAUCGGUAUUGGCAAGACCGACAUCACUGGACCCGCCGCUGAAAUUGUCAUGAUGGGGUUUGCCGAUGUAAACGAAACAACCGCUGGAGUUUUAAACCGUCUGUAUGCCCGCGCGUUCGUGAUCGAAGAUCCAGAUGCCAACAGCAGAAUCGUGUUCGUAAACUGCGACGUGAUGUCGGUCAUGCAGCUAGUUCACCAAGAGGUUCUUUUACAACUCGCCGAUAAAUACGAGGGUGUAUACACCGACCAAAACGUCAUUCUCCACGCGACACACACCCACGCGGGUCCUGGUGGAACCGCAGGGUACAACCUUUACGACAUUACCAUCUCUGGAUUUGUCCCCGAAAACUUCGAUAGGAUCGUCAGCGGUAUCGUGGAAGCCAUCGACGCUGCACACAACUCAUUGGAGAGAGGUGUUAUUCGUUGGAACAAGGGUGAAGUUGUCAAAGGUGGUAAGAACAGAUCUCCAAGCGCAUAUCUCGCCAAUCCAGCAUCCGAGAGAGCUCUGUACAAUGGCGACGUAGACACGACAAUGCGUGCAUUACACUUCUUGGGCGAGGAGGGUAAGCUGCGUGGUGUUCUGGCGUUCUACCCGGUACACCCCACAAGUCUCACGUGGAAGAACCACCUUAUCAGUGGCGAUAACAAGGGAUACGCUGAGUUUCUACUGGAAGAUGAACUGGAUAACGUCAUAGUGGGAAUUGGUAUCUCAAAUGCCGCAGACGUGAGUCCGAACUUGAUCGAUAACGGUGACGGCACAUAUCGAGGUGAAGGAAACACAACGAUCCAAUCCGCUGAGAUAGUCGGCAAGCGUCAAUACGACGCACUGUCGGCUCUGUUGAACACUGAGUCUGAGCUCAUUCAAGGAUCUAUUGUGGCUAAACUCUCCUAUGUGGAUUUCUCGAACGUCUCACUAACUGAGACUAACGUCAUGGGCAAUGAUUCGUAUGCCAACAGAACUUGCCCUGCUGUAGUUGGCCAAAACUUCGCUGCCGGCACUGAAGAUGGCCGGGGGACAGAAGCUAACGUCACAGAAGGAGAUCUCAGGCCAAACGAACAGCUCGUAUCUUUGGGUGCUCUGCUUCAGGAAACGCCAAAGUGGGUCAAGGAUUGCCAAGACGUUAACAAAGUUCCGCUUAUUGCUGUCGGACUGAUGGAGCCCGUACCGUGGGUACCGGACAUUCUACCAGUACAGGUUGUGAAGAUUGGUCAGUUUGGUAUCGCGGUGACUAACUUCGAGACCUCAACUAUGGCUGGUCGUCGAAUUAGAAACACUAUGAAGACGGCGUUGACAAGCGCUGGUAUCACUGAAGUUGAGCUUGCAUCUAUCAGCAAUGCUUACGCUGGAUACAUGACAACGAGGGAGGAAUAUCUUACUCAAAAUUACGAAGGCGCGUCGACUCUCUUCGGUCCAAAUCAGUUGGCUGCGGUGCAGCAGGAACUAAUGCGAGUGGCAGCUUCGGUGGUCGAUGCGUCUGUGCCACUGGAUGUGGGACCCACUCCAUUGCAGCUCAACCGCAGCGAGUUAGCUGCUGUCGAGCUUCAAACAGUGGACACGGCACCGUCGCAACAAUCGUUCAGCUUUGUGCGUUCACAGCCUGCAACCUCGUACACGAUCGGUAGUGUGGCUUCGACUACGUUUGCUGAAAGUUGA